AUGUCAAUGGUUAAAUCCCCUCCCCCGUCCAAUUUGGGAUUUCUAGCUCCAGCCCGGCCUCGUUUCAACUCCCAACGUACUUCCGAUCGCCUGCGUGAGGCUCAGACUUUUGUAACACCACCGUUUAAAAUGGGAGGCGCUAUUAGAAAGGGCAGAAGAUCCGUCUUCAAAGAAGUUGGUCUGGAACACGAUUUGGAUUCUCCCACCUCUGCAUCCGUAUCUUCACUAUUGGCGAGCGAGCUGCCUGACGCCCACGUUAACGAUAAGCACUUGAGCGAUACUUCUGAUAUCCUACAGUCGCCUGUAUCUAACAAGCAAAACAUUGAACAAGACGACAAUCAGGAUCAAGAUCAGGACCAAGACAGUAACGAAAGAAGCCGUCUACGGCAAUCGUCAUUAUCGUCACCCAAGACUUGGUACGCCAAACUAUCAAACCCCAAAGGCCGCCCAAGAAUCAGAAGCACUUCGGGUGUAUCUCCGACUAUCUCAGGUUUACAGCGCUUCACCAUGCUGGCCGUCCUCAUCGCCAUCGUACUUCCAGCCUUUAGCUGGAGGAAUGGCCAGUCGUUUUCUGAUAUCAAUGGCGCCAGCGCUGGUGUCAUAAAGAAACGCGAGACUAGCUCUACCAAAGUCUGCGCACGAUGGGCCCUCCAAGCUGCCCAGCUGAACGGCACCCUCUACAUGUACGGCGGUCGCUCUAGGUCAAAAGCUGAUCAGACUGAAGACACCUGGAACAACGACUUUCUGACACUCGACCUCACCAAAGAUUGGAAUAUUGACUCUCCUGCCCUUAAGGGACUUGAGAAGCCUGAUGGCCCUCCUGAGGUGUCUAUGGGUUAUCUCUGGCACGACUACAACAACCUUUAUCUCUACGGAGGCGAGGUUUCCGACGCUCCUGUCGCUGAACCCGGGCCCGAGUCUCUCUGGCAAUAUUCCAUCAACGAUGCGAAAUGGUCCGAGUUCAAGAAUCCCGAAACCUCAGCUGGUAAUGAGUCAGAGCCUGGAAACAGACCAGUCCAUCGUGCGGCCGAGGGAGCAGGCCUCUCUGUACCAGAGCUCGGUUUGAGUUGGUACUUUGGUGGUCACCUUGAUUGGGCUACCACACCGGGCUGGUCACAUAGCGUUGAACGCGUAUAUCUCAAGAGUCUUCUCGAAUUCACGCAUCCAGGCUACGUCAACACAGGCGUCGACAGUCUUUCUGACGGCACGGGUGCCGGUGAAAGUGGAGCUUAUCGCAACAUCACAAAGGCCGGCAUUCAGAACGGCAACUUUACUGAAAGAGCUGACGGUGUUCUCGUCUUCGUUCCUGGCUGGGGAGAGCAGGGUGUGUUGAUUGGUCUUGCUGGAGGCACGAAUGAGACAUUUACAGAGGAUCUCAGUGUCCUGAAUGUCUACGACAUUGCCAACUCGGAAUGGUUCCAUCAAAAGACAUCAGGAGAUACACCUGGUGUCCGUGUUAAUCCUUGCGCUGUCAUUGCCAGUGCACCGGAUGCAUCGAGUUUCCAGAUUUACAUGUUCGGUGGACAAGAUCUACCUUUUGGAAACCAGACACAAUACGACGAUAUGUACAUCCUCACUAUUCCCUCCUUCACAUGGAUCAAGGUCGACCAAAACGACGAGAACCGACCAGCUGCGCGAGCCGGACACACUUGCACUAUGUACGACGGUCAGAUGGUUGUCGUUGGCGGUGUAGGUGAGGAUAUUGGUUGUGAUCCCGGCAUGUACGUGUUCGACGCUACCUCGCUUGAGUGGAAGGAUAAAUUCACCGCUGGCGAUCAUGAUUCGGACCAUCACCCUGACAACUUUGUCCUUGCCGGAUCUCACGGUUACAAGGUCCCCGACGCCGUACGCAAGGUCGUGGGUGGAGACAUGGCCGGCAGCGCAACGGUCACGACCCCCGCUGUGGGGCCGGCAACCGGAGGUCCGUUCUUGACGGGCAAGGCUCCCGUGUUCACCGUCACUUCCGGUCCGACAGCGACAGUGCGAGUUGGCCAGACGGGUACUGCAGCUUCGUCUCCCGAUGAAGAAGAAGCAGCCGGUAAUGUCAACGGAGGGCUUGUAGCCGCGGGUGUAAUUGCUGGCAUCUUUGGCGCACUCGCUCUCUACCUUGGUUUCUGCGCCUGGUUGUAUCGCCGUCAAGUCAAUGCCUACAAGCACCAUCUUGCAGUACAAAACCGCUACCCUGUUGGCUCUGCCUCUAUGCUUAACCCCUCGGGCGCUGCUCGUCCCGGCCGUGGCUAUUCCCAGCGCAGCCUCUUUGGCUGGGUCGGUUCCAACCGUGAGCAGACUUACACCACAGAGCACAAAUGGCGCCCUGAAGACGAGGACGAUACGACCCCAGGCGCUACUGGCUCCAGCAGCGGGUCAGGAGGCCCCAAGCACAGCGAGGACACCAGACCUGGGACGAGCAACAGCAGAGGCUCGACCGAAGGACUACUCGAAGGUGAAGAGCCGAGUUUCUUCAGCGUCGUUAUGGGCCCACGUCGGGCACUGCGUGUCGUCAAUAACGCAGAGUAG